AUGGCACGCACGAAACAAACAGCACGAAAGAGCACUGGCGGCAAGGCACCUAGAAAAGGACUGGCAGCCAAGGCAGCACGAAAGACAUCAGCCGUAGAUAUAGGAACAGCUACCAAGCGAGUGAGCAGAUACAAACCAGGUAACACGCUACUGUUCCGUGAGAUAAAGAAGUACAGCAAAAGCAUUGACUGUCUGAUCCCAAAGCAGCCAUUUAAACGUUUUGUGUUGAGUGCUCUCAAUGAGAUUGGAAUGAGAGAUAGUGUUAGAUUUAAGGCAGGGUGCCUGAAUGCCCUGCAGGAAGCGCUUGAAAAUUUCGUUGUAACGUUAUGUGAAGACGCGUAUCUUUGCACGAGACACGCAGGCAGAGUUACGCUUAUGCCUAAGGAUCUUAACCUGGUGAUGAGAAUCAAAAGGCCGAUGUUCCUUGUAGGUCCGUGCAAAGUAUGAGAUUAAAUGUUGAGUCAUAAAAAUUGGUUUUUGGUUCGUGUUAAUGCUAUGCUC